AUGCAAACUGCUCAUGCGGUGCUUCUCCCUUCCGGUCGCAUUCUUCUAGCUAGUGGAAGUAGUUGGCGAAACCGUGGUCCCAUUGAAACUUAUCCGCACACGGCUGAUCCUCAAAGUGGUCGUGGCAUCUUUCGAGAAGAAGAAGAUCCAUUUCUUAUCAACAAAAUAGAAGACUAUUAUCAACUUGUGAACAAUGUUGGGAUCUAUGAUCCGAGCAAAAAUACAUUCUAUCGCAUUCCACAUCCAGAGCCCGUUCCUGAUCCGAAAUGGCCUGAACAUUUUGCACCAAAUGAUUUCUUCUGUACAGGUCACUUGCAUGUUCCUGAUGGCAACGUACUGUUUGUCGGUGGCACACAAUACUAUUAUCCGUUUCGAACAGGUCACCGAGCAACAUACCUGUUUGAUUGGCGAAAAGAAGUCCAAAUUCGAUGGAACAACGUUGAUUGGAGACGCAUGCCCAGUGUUGCAUUUGUGAAUGAUUCGACGAAUCCAUGGAUUUUUGCGGGUUUGAUGGAACGAGGUCGAUGGUAUGCCACACUGGUGCCAUUGAUUGACGGUCGUCUAGUUGUACUUGCCGGUUUCGUUGGUUUUGACAAAGGCUAUCCAGCGAUAUCUGAAAAUGUCUCAUCGUAUGGAACGACGAUUCUCGAUCCAAAUAGUAAUCGGAUUGCUCUUUUCGGUGGACAACCGACAUCAGCUGGUACUUUUCUGUAUCAAUCCGGCACUAGUCAAGGAGACCAACGUUUUACUGGAGGUCGUGGAAGUCGCAAGCUAGAACAAUUUCAUGCUUCGAUCUAUGAAUCGAAUGGUGGUCACUGGACCUUAGAACCAUCUUUUCUUGGUGAACAUCCACAGGAUGAUCGAACCAUGCACUAUGCACUCCUACUUCCCACUUCGCAAAUUCUCAUCAUCAAUGGAGCGAACUAUGAUUUUUAUGGGUCGAUCCAUUAUCCAAUUUUAUUAACACCACAAUUUGAUAAUAUUAAUGGCACAUUUCUCGGCUACACGAAGAAGCGCAUGAAUGAAGGUGUUGAAGCUCGUCUUUAUCAUAAUGUCGCUCUGCUAUUACCAGAUGGUCGUGUGUGGAUUUCUGGUGGCGGAUCAGCUCGUGCUACGAUUCAUUAUACGCCCUUGGCCCAGAAACCUCUUGUUGAACACAACACUAGUUCAUAUGGACAACCAUUGCCUGACACUUCCAAUAUCGAUUUAGACGUGGAAAUGUUUGACGAUGGCCGAUUGGCAAAAAAUUCGCGCGGUUCACUUAGUGUUCCUACCGAAACAUGGGUAGCAGAAAUCUUCAGUCCUCCCUAUCUGUUUAUCGACGGCAAAAGACGACCAGUGAUCGUUUCGUUGAGUCAUCCUCACAAGGUGGAUUAUCAAUUUGAGAGUGUCAUCGAUGGAAAACGCUACUAUUUACUUCGUAGCAAUUCACAAUACACUGUAAAUUUAAACUAUCUGCCGACACAAUGUGCAAGUGGAACCAAAGAAAAGUUGGUUAUGAUCAAACUAGGAUCAGCCACACAUGGAUGGGAUAAUGGACAACGUCUAAUCAAUCUUUCCUUUACAAGAAUGUCAUCGACAUCAACUCUUUUACUGACAACACUCGAUGCAAGAAUAGCACUCAUUGCACCUGCAUUCUACAUGAUGUUCUAUGUGGAUUGUAUGGGAAAACCAUCUGCUGCACAGAUAAUACGAUUUGAUGAUCAAGCUGUACAGCCAUAG